GAAUCGUUUACUUUGGGGCUCGAAAAUGGCGACGAAAGAGAAAGCGUCGACUGGUUCAGUUGCUGUUGCGAAAACACCAGCUGAUCUGCAACGAAUGCGAUUAGAAAAAUUAAUGGCCGCUCCUGUAAAGCCCGUGUUUAUUCCAGAAAAGUCUAAAGGAGCUAAAAUGAAAGAGCCUCCAGAAUUCAUCAGAAAUGUAUGGGGAUCAAGUGCUGGUGCUGGAAGUGGAGAUUUUCACGUUUACAGGGGUGUUCGACGACGUGAAUAUGCUCGUCAGAAAUUUACUGCAGAACAGAAUGACAAGAUGGAUAAAGAUGAGAAAUACCAUAUCAAAGUUGAGGAGAAUAAGAAGGCAGCAGAAGAGAGGACUGCCAAGAAAAGAGCCAAAAGGUUAAAGAAAAAAGAAAAAUUGAAAAGCAAGAAGGCAAGAAAGGACAACAAACCAUCAGGAGAAAACAGUGAUGAGGAUGAAAAACAUGAGGAUAAUGAAGAUGGUAAUACUGAUGAUCAGGUAGAUGAAAACAGCCAGCCAGUCAGCAGGAACUCUCGGUCAAAUAAGGACCAGAAUCAAAAGCAGGAUGAAUAGAAAUCGCUAGUGUGAUGAUAUGAAGGAUGGUUACCUGACUGCGAGGCACUUCGACAGACCUCUAUAAACAGUGAAAAUUCUGUUAUUCUAAAUCAGUUGGAGAAGCUAACUAGAGGAGUGAACUUGCUCCCACUCCUCAGCUAUUGGAGUGAUGUUAGAAUGAUGAGAAGACUGUCUUGUAGACUGUGGAAUACAGAAUCGAUGGAAGAAAGUCAUUGUUAUGCAUGUAUAUACUCUAAUAAAAACUGUGUUACUGUAAAAUAUUGCAAUGCAUCCACUUGUGCCAUUUUUUUUUUUUUAUCAGUGCAUAAAAUAAAGUUAUUUUAGAAAAAGCA